GGAUGCCUGCUAGCUCAUGUGUAUGCAUAAUUAAUUGCAUAUGCAUGCUCCGUUUCCUUUACUUGCUAGCUAGCGAAGCUACAUCCAUAUUCCUUGUAUGCAAGGCAUAUUUCUCCAUGCAACUUCCGGUUUCCUUGUCCACCUCAUCAAUCUAUCUAGGCUUCUGCCGGUGCCGCAAUUAGUCAAGGAAAGGAAGGAAUUUGUUGUCCCACAUUGUUUGACAUGGAGCUGGUGGCCUUGUCUCUAAGAGAGAACUAGAUCAUAUCCAUAGAUUAAGAUCGGUUUGAUUCGUCAUGCCUCCAGAGAAGAUAGAGAUCGAGGCAAAAAACAUCGAUGCAGCAGCAGGAGAGAUAAUUGGUGUUUUGGAGGAUACAAGCAAAGGAAAUGUGAUCUACUUCAAGGGCUGGGAAGGAUUGGGAGCAUCCGCGGUUCUCAAUCUGGUAGCCCAACGCCCGAAAUCAUCAACAAGACAAAACAAGUUUGAUAAGGUUAUCCAUGUGGAUUGCUCAGUAUGGAAAAACACAAGGUCUCUGCAGAAGGCAGUAGCGGAGGAGCUGGAGCUUCCGCAGUCUGUGAUGGCCAUCUUCGAUCAAUAUGACAAGGACGAUGACUUCAAUGGGAAAGAUGAAGGCUCCAGAGAGGUGAUAGCAGAUAUCAGGAUGGAAAUAUUCAGGAAACUCUAUAACAGUAGAUUUCUGGUGGUUUUCCACAACGGAAGCAGAAGAUACAUUGAUUUGUAUGAGUGUUGUGUCCCAGUAAUAUCACUUUUAGGUAACAAGGUCUUGUGGACCUGGCACGGGAGGUUUCGGAUGGGUCUCAGAUUAGAAGAUGGGGAAAAGGUAAAGAUGAAGAGUCAGACAGAUGUUCGCUUAUCUGCUUCUCCUGAAUGUAAUUUUGAGGAAGCACAAGAUAUACUGCAUGAAGAGGCUUUGGAUGUUGCCAAGUGCACUGGGAUUGUUCAGCCCGACGAUAUGAGCCACAAGAUAGUCAUGGAGUGCCUCAUAUACAGGACACUGAUUGCUACAGAUUUGAAAGCUCAUGCACCAAACUAUUGGAUCUGUGAUGGUAUUAUACAGGGCGAAGACAAUGCAUCAGCAUGGGAGAUUGGCAAUUCUCUGCACAGAAACAUGUGCUUGGAUGUUGAGUUAACAUAUAAUGAGGAAACAGCUCCCGUGCAACAGGUGUCGGGUGAUUUACUUGUUAACCGCUGGAAUUUCACCACCCACAAACAACUGCUAGAGGAUAAGGCUGGAGCGUUGCCUCCUCAGGUGACAUCCUUCUUCCUCUUUGCAGAUGAAUCACCAACAGAUAGAGCACCAAUAUUGCUGGUUAGCAUGUUUCAACAUUCACAAAGCAGCAAGCUACGUGUGUUACACCUGUCUCAUUGCACCUUCAGUUUUGCAUGCCCUCCCUUCGUCCAUUGUGUCCAACUAAGAUUGCUCCAUCUGGACCAUUGCACAAAUAUCACAGAGGAUGAUGAGCAUCCAAGCCACAAUGAAAACAUGUCAUGUUUCCAGAAGCUGUGGGUGCUGGAUCUGAGGUAUACACACUGGCACUGGCUGCUAUCAGAAAAAAUAAAGAGAUUGAUGGUUGAACUCAGGGAGUUAAAUGAGGAGGGAGUCAAGCAUGGGAGCAUAAGUGACUUGUAUGGUGGUAGACCAAGCCUUGUAAUACUUCGAGUAACAGCAGCAGAUCCGGUCCCUACGGAGAACGAGGACACAAAUAAUCAAGCACAAUUCCCCAAUAUGUCUAGUACAAACAGCCUUACGACAUCUAGCUUCAUCAACGACGUCCUAUCUCCGUCGCUCAAGUCAUUUAGCUUCAUGAACAAAUCUACAAGUGAUGCCAAGAUAUCUAGCAUCUCCUUCCAGGGUUGUUCUCAGUUGAAGAAUAUACUUCUGAAAGGGAAUUUGGGGACCCUGGAGGAGCUGGACCUCUCAGGCACAGCAUUGAAAACCCUUGACCUCAGAGAAGUGGAAGCUCGAAACCUCAAGCGUCUCAUGUUGCUAGGCUGUGAGAAGCUCCGUGCGAUAUUAUGGCCACCAGAAGAUAACAGGAGAUGGGUUUUGGAGAAGUUGCAGAUCAGCACCGUCCAAUCUGCAUCACCUAGCCAGAAUAAUUGGGAAGAGAAGAUCAAGGAGGCUAGUCCUACUGCAGGAUCAUCAUCUAUCCUUGCAUUGGGAGCUUCACCAUUAGGCACCAGGCGAAUUGCAUCUUUUGACUUCAAUUGGUACAUAUCUGUUGCGGAUGCAAGGCUCAUGUGGUCGCUUCUGCCCUUUCAGAAAGAAAUUGGGGAAAACUUUGUAUACAUGGAGAUUGAUUCAUCUCCUGCCAGUGGAGCUGCUGUUGGUCGCCCUGAAGUUGCUCAAGGCAUCGGGAGCCAGCAGCAGUUUGCUCAAUACUUAUAUGCAAGUGAUGUCUUUGAAGAAGAAUCGCAAGCUGUCAGUGCUAUCGAAGGUGUGAUCAGCUGGAUGUGGCCUUGUCCACGUACUCCUACUCCACUUCCUCAAGACUGGUACUUCCACAUGCAAGACGAAGAGAAGAUGGAAAGAGGAUCUUUACAGCAACAACACAACGCUCAAAGUAUUAAUACUGGUGUUGCUUUAGCCCCUGUUUUGAUGUGUGAUAAUGCACGGAUGUUGUAUGUGCAUGAUAACUAUUCCGCCACUUGCAUUCCAUGCUCACAAGGUGCAGACUGGUGGUAUCUUGGAUGGUGCCGAGUUGAGAGGUGCCCAAAUCUAUGCUUUGUCUUUGCCACUCCCCAACUAAGUAGUGGCCAGAAGGUCUUUUGGCGCUUGUGUACAUUCUGGGCAUCCCAGCUCCUGAAGGCGUGCUACAUCUGGAACUGGAGUGCAGUAGCUCAACCUGGUAGUCGUUCGUUUGAACGCCUAGCGUUCUUGCACCUGGACUGUUGCCCCAGGCUCAUACAUGUGCUUCCCUUGUCUGAGCAUAUGGACACCCUGCCUAGCCUGCAGACGCUGGAGAUCGUGUACUGUGGUGAUCUGAAGGAAGUCUUCCCUUUGGACCCUAAGCGCCAACAGAAGCAGGAAAUUAUAAGAUUUCCCAACCUAAGAAGGAUCCACCUGUACCAGCUCUACACUCUACAGAGCAUCUGUGGGAGCAAGAUGUCAGCGCCCAACCUUGAGACCAUCAGAAUCAGGGGUUGCUGGGGCCUUACACGCUUGCCAUCUGUCAGUAGCAGCACCACCAAGCGGCCCAAGGUGGACUGCGAGAAGGACUGGUGGGACAACCUAAAGUGGGACGGUCUAGAGGCGAACCACGACCCUUUGCUCUAUGAACCACGCCACUCGCGAUAUUACAAGGCCCACCUGCCAAGAUGCACCGUCCUCAGGUAAACCAUUCCUUCCAUGAAUUGAGCGCUACAGUACAGGCACAUUGACCCUAUGGUGCUACGGCGCUUAAUUAGCUGAAGCUUUAUCUGGAGUGUACACGUUUGUGUGGGUUGUUGCCUUACUUGAUGCUGCUUGAUUGGCCCGUGUGAAAUCUGCAUCUGCAUUGCUUGAGUUUGGCUUGGCUUGAUUUCCUUUGCUUUGGUUUGUCUUGAUUUUGUUUGUGUGGCCAUCAUUGCUCGACGAAGCCAUGAAUGAGUCAAAGUAAGUAUGCAUCAUCUGGUUCUAUAGAUGAUGCACGGUACAAGCUUUGAGCCAGAGACAAAUAAAUAAGAGAGCGCAUUCAGCUUGGGUGGCAUGAGCACCCUACCUGCUCCUGCUGUUGCUCUCCGUUUGUCUGUUGUGGUGUGGGAUCUGUAAGCUAUGGACUGAUUACCGUAAUGCGAAACAAUUCCUCUGACUUGAAUACAAAUGGUGAUUUGUGUGCA